AUGCGUGCGCGGAGCGAGCCGGCCGCGGCCGCACUCGGGCAGGAGGAGGCGGAUCGCGGGGUCGGCGGCGGCUCGGCUCGGCGACGCCCCGCCGCCGCGCCUCUCCUGCUGGGCCGCGUCCUGCUGCAGCCUCUGGAGCCGCUCCCGAGCACUGGCUCCUGCCGCCCGCUCCUCGAGGACGACGAGGACACCGCGCGGGGCGGAGCGGCGGUCCCGAAGGGCACCGCCGCCUCCCGAGAGGAACCCGGCCUUGAAGGCGAGAGGAGAGUGGCGGCGACCUGCUCCAGCUUGUCCGGCGCCAGGCCGAGGGGGGGAUCAGAGGCCUGCAUGGAGUCGAGGCGCACCUCCCAGCGCUGCCUGCCUGGGACCCACCUCUCCACUCUGCCAAGGCGCCCGUUCAGUUCGGGCCGGCCCUUCAGAUUGAUCACGCGAACGGCGUCGCCGCGACUGAACCGGCCUGCCCCGUCGGGCUCCCUUGAUCGAGGAAGCACUCUGGACCUCAGCACCACCUUCAGCACAGGGAGGUCCCUGGACUGCGCCGCUGCCGCCGUUCACAACGACGCGGCUGCCUCGAGGCACCAGGUCCUCGAGGCGUUCCUGGGCCAGCCCCGCGGACAGAAGAUCCACGCGCCCCCAGGCGAGCCCCUCCACGGCGAAGAAGAACUCGUCUCUGACUUUCUUCACGAAGGACUCGACGGUUGCCGACGGCUCCACCGUGAUCUCCUCCUGCAUGUCGUCGGCGGCCCAGGCAACAUACGAUACCCGGGUGCGCCGAAGAGGGCGGCCAGGAAGAGGGGGGACAGCGCACCAUGA